GGCGACGGCACCGACCGUCGGCCAGCCGCCCGCUGCCACAGCUGUCCGAUGGCGUCUGUGCUGGGGAGAUUGGGGUCCGUGGCCCGCAUGGGCGGCUCGCUGCUCGGCAAGGUCGUCUUCACGCGGUCGGCUGCCGCCUUUGGCGCCGGCGCGCUCACUGCGAUGCCGAUGAUGUCGGGCGAGGACUUCUUCUACUACUCGUUCAUAACAGACAAGGAUCCGGACGCGAUCAUCGACUUCUACUCGACGGAGGACUUCCUGCAGAUCCUCGGCAUCUUCCCCUUCGCGCUCCACUUCGUCCUCGCGGGCGUGGUCUGGGACCUCGAGAAGGAGAACACAAACACCGUCUACCAGUCCAUGGAGAUCUCGUUCACGCUCGAGGAGGAGGAGGAUGACGACGGGGUGGUCGGCUUCUUCCAGAAGCGCGAGCGCUUCAAGAACUUCAUCCCGCUCACCUCCUUCCUGCUCUGGGAUCAAGUGCAGUGCUACGGGUACAAGCGUCGCGAGGACGAGACUGUCGAGGUCUUCCACCGAGUCGAGGCGCGGUAUGUCAUCUGGGCGACGGAGCGCCACAUCAACUCGCGGCUCCGAGAUGGGACUCCUCACGCGGAGCGCGCCCUGGCGCGGCUCGAGAAGAUGGCGCGCCUCGACGCGGAGGCGCUCAACAACGAGGAGGCCUCGCUCAGCACGAUCCGCAAGGCGAACCUCAAGCGGUACAUGUCCAAGGUCGAGGUCGCCAACCCCGAGUCGCAGAAGGCCAUCGACGGCGCGCUCGCCUCGCUGUCCAAGACGUCGGAGGGCCAAAAGGCGAUGGGCGCCGCGUUCCAGGAGCUGCUCGCGCACCCGGAGAUGAAGGCCCAGGUGGAGACACUCGAGCCGCGCUACGGCGGGAUCUUCAAGAUGAGGCAGGUGGAGGGCUUGGAGAUUGGGGAGAAGGAGGAGGUGGACGCGUAG